AUGGUUCAUUUAGAUUAUUUGAGUCCAUCAAAGGAGAGCAGAGGAGGAAACAAUUCCACAGCGCAGAGCAGCCGCCCAGUCAGUAACGCAGACAACGUGGAGGAAAUGCCGUGCUAUGGUAAAAAAGCAAAAACAAAACAGACAGUGUCUGGUAGGGAUUCCCCCCAGCUGCUGGUCAGUAGUCCAGUGAGACAAGGAUCAGAGAUGACCAGGCAGGAGUCUGCUACCACCUCCAACCAGGCCAGUAUGAGGGCCAGGCUGUACCUGGAGGUGCGGUCCCCAGGGGCUGGCAGCACCGACAGUUCUAACAUGGACAGUGCCAGCGAAACCAGCACCGGGAGUGAACCCAUGGACACAGCUCAAAGUUCAGACAGUGACAGUGGGGGUCAGCCAUUCCACUGUCCACUCUGUGCAUGGAGCACAAACUCUUCUGCUGAAAUACAGCACCAUGUGAACUUUCAACAUGUGGAUAUCCUGAGCCCAGCCAACCCCAGGGGGAAGGGGCUCCUACAGGGGGGACUGGAGAAUCAGAAUGACAUAAACAUACCAUCUACUAGUAGCAGUGGUGCCAAGGAACUGUUUGAGUGCCCACUGUGCGGGCUACACACACAUACUGCUAAUGCCUUGGAAGUGCAUGUGAACAUAAAACAUAAAGAUAUAUUGAGUCCAGAGGAUGGUAUGCUGAGAGCCCCAAUAGCAGAGAUUGAGGAGGAUGACAGCCACUGUUGUCCUGUGUGUGGUAUGGAGUUUGCAUGUCUGGCCAGUUUAACGGCCCAUGUAGACGGUCACUUUUCUGCUGCCCAGACACCAGUGAAUGGAGUGGCAGACAAUGCCCUGGUACAAGACAUUGAAAGAAAGGAGAAAGCUGCUCAACAAUCUCUAGAACAAAAGGAGUUUGAAAGGUUACAGGCCCAGUAUGGCAUGGAUGGCAAGAACAGCUACAAGAAGCAGUCCCAGAAGAACCUGGAGAAGGCUGUGUGUGACGGCCAGAUGAGCAUCACGGAGUAUUACAACCGUCUGAUGCAGACACAGGAGUCCAGUGUCACUGGGGUGGACGAUGGUCAUUCUUGUACCAAAGGUAUUAUUGCCAGACUGCGUGACUUCUAUGCUAAGCCCAGUAGUACCAAGGCAUGGUUGUGUUCCAGUGUUGACCACUUUGCUGCCUCCUAUGGGGACAAAGGCUGGGGCUGUGGCUACAGAAACCUUCAGAUGCUGCUCUCCUCCCUGGCAGCCUGUUCCCUGUAUCAAGAUGUGCUGUUUAAUGGGAGACCAAUAAUUCCCUCCAUUCCAAAGAUCCAGCGUCUUAUAGAGACGGCCUGGCAGAAGGGUUUCGACCUCCAGGGCUCUGAACAGCUGGGGGGAAAGCUUUUCAAUACUACAAAAUGGAUUGGAGCAACAGAAAUAGUAGCCACUUUAUCAUCACUAAAAGUCAAAUGCCAGCUUUUAGAUUUCCAUGCCCCCACAGGCCCUGACGGGACUCACCCCAAGCUGUUUGAGUGGGUCAGAGACUACUUCAAAAAGACAGCAGACUUCAAACCUCCACUGUACCUUCAACACCAAGGCCACAGCAGGACAAUCGUAGGUGUGGAAGAGACGAAGGACAGCAGCCUACGUCUGUUGUUGUUUGAUCCCAGCUUGACAAAGAAACAGAUGCACCAGUUCCACGGGGAGAUUAACGCCAAUCUGAUGAGGAGUCUACGUCGUACCCCCCUCAGCAUGAAGGCCAAGCAGUAUCAGAUUGUCGCGGUGGUGGGGAUACUAAAUGAGAAGGAGUAUCAGGAAAACAAAAUCAUGAAGUCUGAGAGGAUCCCAUGAUGCCUGCUACACCUCAGUCAGUGACAUGAUUGACAUCAAUAUGAUUUAAGUUUGAAUAAUCCAGUGGUUUGAUGCAAACUCAAUGGUUUUUUUUUUUUCUCUCUUUGCACAAGGUCUGUAAGGGAAUUUAUAGCAUCAAGUAUUGCAAUAUACUUUGUACCAAGUUCGGUUGACUAAUUUAGUAGAUUGACACGUUAAAUCCAGUGGGUCUGAAUUUCAGUCCCUUUCCUUCCUGUACCAGUGUAAUGAAACACCCUAACACCUCAUGGAGAGUUUCAAGUUGUUAUUUAUUUAUGUACAUUUUCGCACAAGGCAGCAAAGCUGGCAGAUAUACAGUCAUAUUAAAUUUAUUUGUUAAUGUAGUAUAGGGAUGUAAUCUUGGCAAUAAGCCAGUGUUUACUUACGAGUAUAGUUAAAUUUAAACUGCAGGCAGCUUGCCAAGGCCACCAGGAAAGUGUACAAGACUGAAAUAAGCCAGAGGCUGCGCCAUUUAUAUUGUACAGCUUAUAUACAAAAUGUUAGUCUUCAUUUUAUCACCAUCAGUCAUGUAACAUUAUUAAGAUUCUGGUCAUUUUUAUAGUUAUUAAUGUUGAAAUGUUUGUUCAGCUGUAGUCAUCUCAACACAACAUUUGAUAAAAAAAUUAUAGGUCACUAUGGUCAUUACAAAUAGGCUUUCCAAAUUUCUUUGACUGAAUUUUGUUUAAUAAGUGUAAUUGCUUCACUGUCAGUUACAAAUACCUCAAUGAUGAAAACGAUCAAAGUCUUACAGUAGACUUUUUAGCACAAAUAAGUAAACAUGUUGAAAAUGUAGCCUUCUUUAGAAGUAAUUUUAUAUCAUGAAAUUUUGAGAAAACUGCUUUGGUAUCCCCAAAGGAGAGAUUGUAACAAACCAAGCUGAGUAAGUAACCAUUAGAUCAACAACUAUGUAUUUAUGUUAAAGUACACAGUAGAAUUUUUCUUUUGCUUCAAAGAGAGCCAUUAUGAAAACUUCAUGACAAGACGUGUUUAAAUAUGAUUCACGUAAUUUUUAAUGUUAUAACUUAUACAUAAUAAAUCUUUCAAUUUUUAAGAAAAUUACAAAAUUGCGUCCUUCUUAUGCGCUACAUAAUCAGUUCUAUGCCAUGAUAGCAGCAUAAAAGUGGUCCCAAAGAUAUCUGUUUGGAGGGUCUGCAUACCUUGGUCAAAUAAUUCAAUGUUCUUGAUCUACAUGGCGGUUGUUUUUAAUAUUAUGCCAAUGUUUUGUUCUAACUUCGGAUCAUGUCCAUCAAAAUUACUUAUAAUUCAAGCCAAGUGACAUCCUUAUUUGGCCAGUCUGUAUAUCGUACAUGUGUGGUCACGUACUUCUAGCGCUAGCGUUGUUUGGACUGUUUGUUGUAUAUUGUACACCCGUGGUCACAUAACUCUAGGCCUAGCGUUGUUUGGACUGUUUGUUGUAUAUCAUACAUGUGUGGUCACGUACUUCUAGCCCUAGUGUUGUUUGAACUGUGAGCUGUAUAUUGUACACCAGGGGUCACAUACUCCUAGUCCUAGCGUUGUUUGCACUGUGAGCUGUAUAUAAUGUACCUGUAAUCUUCAGGUCACAAUGCACCCAGCC